GCCCAUGUUGCUGGUGUUGCGACGUCAAGUUGCUGGGCGAAAUUGCCCCGUCUGAAGCGGGCCUUAGCAAAGUGCGUAAGCAUUGUGAAGAGCGUGAAGAAGGAAGCUGGGAACAGGUUUUCCGUCAGGUUUUUGCGUCCCCUCAAGUGUCCUUGUAGUUUCGACGAGCACCAGCCCGAGAGCCAGGAUGGGCAUCCUUGAAAAGAUCAGCGAGAUCGAAAAGGAGAUAUCGAGGACGCAAAAAAAUAAGGCAACCGAGUACCAUUUAGGAGUCCUCAAGGCCAAACUUGCCAAGUAUCGAACGCAGCUACUGGAACCGCAGGGAAAAUCGAAAGAAAAAGGUGAAGGCUUCGAUGUUAUGAAAUCUGGCGAUGCCAGGGUGGCUCUCAUCGGAUUCCCGUCUGUUGGCAAGUCGACGCUGCUGAACAUUCUGACGGACACACACAGCGAAUCGGCUGCCUACGAAUUCACCACCCUCACCUGCAUCCCAGGUGUCAUUGAGUACAAGGGAGCCAACAUACAGUUGCUGGAUCUGCCUGGAAUCAUCGAGGGUGCUUCCCAAGGCAAGGGCAGAGGCCGACAAGUCAUUGCCGUGGCCAGGACAGCAGACUUGGUGGUCAUGAUGCUGGAUGCCACCAAGGGUGAAGUCCACAGGAAGCUGCUUGAACAGGAACUCGAAGCAGUGGGCAUCAGGCUCAACAAGCUGCCCCCAAACAUCUACUUCAAGGAAAAGAAAGCCGGUGGACUCUCGUUCAACUCGACGUGCAACCUCACCAAGUGCGACGAAAAGCUGGUGCAGAUGGUGCUCCACGAGUACAAGAUCUUCAACGCGGAGGUGCUGUUUCGCGAGGACUGCUCUCCAGACGAGCUGAUUGACGCCAUCUUGAGGAACCGGGUGUACCUGCCCUGCCUGUACGUCUACAACAAGAUCGACCAGGUGUCCAUCGAAGAGGUGGACCGGCUAGCCCGACAGGAGCACAGCGUCGUGGUCAGUUGCAACAUGAAGCUGAACCUGGAUUACUUCCUCGAGAGGCUGUGGGACUACCUGGCUCUCAUCCGAGUUUACACCAAGAAACGAGGCUCACCACCCGAUUUUGACGGCGGUCUCAUCCUGAGGAGGAACUCGACCGUGGAGCAUGUGUGUCACGCUAUUCAUCGAAGCAUUGUGCACGUGUUCAAGUAUGCUCUCGUAUGGGGGACAAGCACAAAGUACAGCCCUCAGCGCGUCGGCCUUUCCCACGUCGUCCACCACGAAGACGUCGUGCAGAUUGUGAAGAAGUGACACCGCUACGUCCGCUAGGCUUUAUUCCGGCAGGCUGCUCGCCAUCUUUCCUUUGCCCCCUGGAACGUUUUCAGAGACCGUGCCGCAAGACGAAAAGAUGACUAAUAAAAGUUGCGGCUUGAUUUUCCCAAAAAAA